CGAUCGAUUGGAUCGAUUUGCUCGCUCGCUCGCUCGUUCCCUUCCCUCCCCUCCCCUUCCCUAAACAACCACCAUGCACCCGCCGCUGGACCGGCCGCACCCGCGGUGCCAGCUAGAGAUCAACGGCCUGCGGGAGUGCCACGAAACCAAGGCGAGCAAGCUGAGGUUCUGGGCCUGCAACGACGCCAAGGCCAGCCUCGACAAGUGCUUCAGGGAGGAAAAGGAAGAAAUGCUCCGGAAAAUGAACGCGGACCUGGACGAGAAGAAAAGGGAGGAGCAGGAGCAGGCCGCCCUGGCCUUUGGCCGGAAGGAGACCUUUCGGGAAUUCCUCGCCAAGGACCCCACGUACGAACGGGAGGUGGAGCGGGAGCGGCAGCGCCAAAAAAGCUGGUUUUCCAUGUUCUAGAGGCAAACCGCGGGGCCGACCGGACACUACAGACAAAACCGGGGAUGGCAUCCUCCGACACUAGAAAUAUCGCAUUGCAUCAAUCAAUCAAUCAAUCAAUCAAUU